UAUAAAAUACACGAUGUCUCUCUCCCCUCUCAGAAGUCCCUCAUAAUCUGAAUUUGCCUAUUUGCUACGAACCUCUGCUGGCCAUAACCUACUCCACAUCUGUGCAUCUCCGAGAGAAAUGGCGUUGAGGCAGAUGUUAGGAUGGUCAGAAGGCGAUCUGAUGAGAUCAGAUGCAAAGCCAUGUUCAAGGCUCAUGAGACAAACUGCUGCUAUUUUCACUGUUGGUGGAGCUCUUGGUUUCUGGGUUCUCUGCAGACUUCACUAUGGUCCGAGGGUUACAGUGCCAAAAAGUCUGCGAUGGGCUGGGUGUGGAGCUGUGUCCAUGAGUGCAUCUACGGCAACACUUGUCCGUCUCCUGAGCCCUGAAUGUGAACCCCAAAACAUUGCUGCAUACGACCAACCCAAAGCUCCUCAAGCUUCACUCCCUUAAACCAUCAGUUUCUGACUUUAUCUCUUAUGUUUGACAAGCAGAAUGAGACCUGGACGUUCUUGUCGAUGAUCUUGAGCAGAGAGGGUGGUAGGUAAAGGAGGUUCACCGUGAUUACGACGAUUUCUUUCCUUCCAAACAGAGUGGAUAUAAAUCUGAAAUGCAUAACAAGCGAGAAACAUGCAGUGGCUGUCCAGGUCGUUCUUUUUUUUUUUUUUUUUUUAAAUAAGGCUUUCAUAGUGAAGAUUAAAGUUUAGAACAUGCACAUAUACAAAGAGAAAAUGGAAAGGAGGGAAGAUGUAAACCACAAAGAGAUAACGAUACACCACGGUGGAAACGAUGGUUCUGCUCUUUCCACAACUCGUAAAUAGUCGCGUGCCAAAGCUGCAAACUAAUAAGGGAAGAUAUUUAUCUUGAAAUGCGACAGGGAAUCAAUUGAUCAUUUCCCACAGUAAGAGAACAUUACACAGAUAAAUUCUUUCCAUUGCUCAACCAAUCCUGCCUCACCAGUGAUAUGCAGUGGGCGACCCACGGACAUCCGAUAUAAGAGUCGUAUUUGUAAGUUUUGGGAGUUUGUAUUUGUUCGUUUUGAGUGUUCUGCAUAGAAUGGAAAGCUUAAGAUGGAGGGAGUUGACAUACUCCAAUCUUGCUUGAUAGCUCUAAAAAACGAGGUCAGGACAAUGGCUUAGUGAAUGCGUUGGCGAGCUGCUCGUGAGUAGAUACAUGAGAUAAUCAUAAAGUACCCAAGUUUACAUU